CGAUGGACACUGCACAAAUGGUGUCUGCUCGUUAGCGUCACGUCUGUAUUUGUUUGUGGACUUGGAGGGAUCCUGUGCUCCCUAUUGACAUGGUUCGCGGCCUAUCCUGUUGCCCCCAUGCUCCUCGCCACGGACUCUCCAGCACUCAUUCUCCUGACUCUGACUUCAUCUCUCCUCCUCCUAUCUUCUGUAAUCGGCAUCACCGGAACACUUUUGAACUCGCGGCCCAUCCUUGCAGUCUACGCCCUCCUUCUCUUCCCUACUUUCUUCUCUCUCGCCUCCAUCGGCUACGUCACCUACAAGAAGGCGCACUUUGCUCUCGACCGCAAACUCAGCGAGGCCUGGAGCGACUGGUACACACCUGGCGUGCGGCUUGUCGUGCAGAGCGCCCUUCACUGCUGCGGAUGGCCAAAUCCCCUGCACGGAGCCGCGCCGUCGGGCACAUGCUAUCCGCGCUCACCGCUCCCCGGCUGCCGCGAUCUGCUGCUCGACUUCGAGCGCACAGUGCUGCCGACGAUAUACGGUGCAGCGUUCUCGCUAGUCCCGCUGCACAUCGCGAACAUCGUCGUCGCGCUGCUUUGUGCGAACCAUGUGACGGCGCGGUUUGGGAAGGGGAUCAUGCCGCGACGGUAUAGAUUGCACGCGGGCGAUGUUGCGAGUAUCGGCGCGGACUGGGCA